GCGUGUUAAGACGAUCCAUCGUCGCGACGGAGCGGAGAUAUCCUAGAAAAGUAACCUUUCUUGUCCUUCUUUGACUCUUUGGUGUUUUUAAAAAUGUCCCUGUUUCAGCGUCUCUCAGUUUUACCUGUGGAGGACCAGCAGCUGUCAGGGAGUAAAGAAGAGGUUUCCUCUGAGCAGCAGAAGAUCUUCAGUCUGAACCAAGAGAUUCCUAGGCCUCUGCACAUUAAAGAGGAACCAGAGGAACUGUGGAGCAGUCAGGAAGGAGAGCAGAUUCAUAAGCCAGAAGUCCAUGUGAAGAGUGAAGAUGAUGAAGAGAAACAUCAGUCCUCACAGCUUUAUCAGAGACAGACUGAACAGAUGGAAACAGAAGCUGAUGGAGAAGACUGUAAACCAGAGACAGAGGGAGCGAGGUACUUUGAUCCAGAGAGGGAUUUUCAACCAGAGACUGAGGCCCAGACUGAACACUCUUCUGAUCCUGAGACUGAUGACAGCGCUGAUUGGAGGGAGACAUCAGAAGACCAGUCAGGUUUAAAGUCAGCAGACAAAAGCACAAAAAAGAGAUCAAAGACUAAUAAGAAACCACACGUCUGCUCUGAGUGUGGUAAAAUAUUUCAAUACAACUCUCGGCUUAGAUAUCAUAUGAGAACUCACCCGGUUGGAAAACCUUUCGGCUGCUCUGAGUGUGGCCUAAGAUUUGACCAUGAAUUGAAAUUGACCAAACACAUGGUCAUUCAUAACAAUAUAAAACCGUUCAGCUGCUCCGCGUGUGGACGGGGUUUUACCCAAAAAGGAAGCUUGACUAAUCACAUGACAAUUCACACAGGUGUAAAACCUUUUGUCUGCUCUGAGUGCGGUCUAAGAUUUGCUUACGAAGAUGGUUUAAGUUCUCACUUGAGAAUUCACACAGUAAAACCCCUGAGCUGCUCUGAGUGUGGCAAAUAUUUUAACCAACAAUGGACUUUUACCAGACACAUGAGAACUCACUCGAAAGAAAAACCGUUUUCCUGCUCUGAGUGUGGUCGGACAUUUGACCAAAGAGGAGGCAUGGUUAAACAUGUGAAAAAUCAUGAAGUACAGACUCAACUGAGCUGCUUUAUGUGCGGCAAAGUAUUUAACCUGAAGUGUGGUCUGAAAGCUCAUCUGACAAAUCACAAUAAAGACAAAGACUUCAGCUGCUCUAAGUGUGGCAAAAGAUUUACUCAAAGAGGUGAUCUGACCUUACAUAUGUCAGUUCACUCAAAACAAAAAACAUCCUCUCGCCCUUAGCAGGAUCAAACAUCUAGUCUCAAAGAUUAUCAGACACAACACAUGAGAAUCAACACAAAUGAAAAACCCUUGAUAUUUUCUGAAUGUGAUGAAAGAUUUAAGAUCAGUCUAAUCUGACAGCUCAUGUGACCCAUCAUACAGGAGAGAAACCAUUUCGCUGUUCUUUAUCGAGACACAACCAGAGACUGAGAUAAACGCUGAAGACUUUUCUGAACAUGGAAAUUUAUUGGAAGAAGAGAGAUCAUUGGUAUUGUUUAUCAUCUGAAAAACGAUUGGGGCUUUGUUAGUGAUGUAAAAUUUAAUACUGCUGAGAGAAUACUGAAUGUAGAAAUACCUUCAUUUGGAACUAUCUCAUAGGACCCCUUAAAAAUGAAACAAUUCAUUUCAAAAAGCUGACCCUCCAAUAAAAUGUCACAUUUCACUCUCUUCAAGAUGCACCAAACCUCAUAGAGAAAAAAAAACAUGUUGAGGUGAAAUAUUUGAAUUUUGGUGCUCAUGAUUUUCAUGAUACCUUAAAUCAUUUUUGAAGGCUGUGUUUGCUUCAAGAUUAUUUUCUUUUUAUUUUGAAUUAAGUAUAUAGGGUUAAGUCUUUACAACUUUUACUUUUAUGUUGCAUUUAUACAGUUAUUAUAGGUGCUAUUGAUUGUUAAACCAACCCUCAGGAAGAAUGUUGUAUAAAUGAUCAAUUGGGUCAAACUGAUGCUUUUUUAUUGUUCUGCUCAUUUCUUUUUCUGCAGUGUUUAAUCUUCAGUGUACUACCUUCAGACAUUCAGAUGUAAGCUUUUCCUUUGCUUUAUCAUUUCUGACCAUGAUUUGUUUUUCAGAGUUUAAACAAACUUAAACAGUUUAAGCCAACAGUUUCACCCUCACCUUCGACAACUCUUCUGUCUCUCCCUCCACACAAGUCAAGAAUUUGGGUGUCAUCCUUGACGGCACUCUAUCUUUCCAAACACACCUCAAUAAUGUCACCCGGUCGGCAUACUUCCAUCUACGUAACAUUAAUCGCCUCCAUCCUUCCCUCACCCCCAGCAGCACCGCCAUCCUUAAUUAAUGCACCUCACUUCUCUCUGGUCUCCCCCUCAAGUCCCUCCAUAAACUGCAACUGGUUCAGAAUGCUGCAGCCUGGAUUAUCACCAAAACCCCUUCCAUUCAUCACAUCACCCCUGUUCUCCAUCAGCUUCACUGGCUCCCAGUCACACACCACAUCACCUACAAAAUCCUUCUCCGAACCUUCAAAGCCCUCCAUAACCUCGUCCUCCAUACCUGACUGAACUCCUCCACAUAAACACACCCAGCUGGACUCUCAGGUCAUCGUCCUCCAUCAGCCUCACUAUCCCUCUGGUACGCAUGACCACCAUGGUGUCCAAAGCCUUCAGCCGCUUUGCUCCCCGCCUCUAGAUCUCCCUCCCACCGGACAUCUGAAACAUUGACACUUUGACAAUUUUUAAAUCACACCUCAAAACCCACCUGUUCAAACAAGCAUACUCACCCUGACUGACACUAUGCAGAUUUCCCCUCUUUUUAACUGUCACUUGUUUUUUAACUUGUUUAUUUCACUAUUUGUUUUUAUCUGUUUUGUACGGUGUCCUUGGGUGUUUUGAAAGGCACCUAUAAAUAAAAUGUAUUAUUUUUAUUAUUAUUAUUAUUAUUAAAUUGCCACGAAUCUUUAUCCUUGAAAUGAAUGGAAUUAGAUCAACCA